CCCAGUCUCCUCAGCCUACUCAGAGCACCAAUGGCUAUUGAUUCUGUGAGAACCAUCUCCUUUCGUACUCUUCUUCUUCUCCAUUCUCAUUUCUAUGACUACUGCUUAACUUCCUUUGGAACCUAUGCGCCAAACAGCACCUACCAGUUCAACCUCAACAUCCUCCUAUCCAAAACCACUUCAAACCCUAACGUCGAUUACGGCUUCUACAAUCUCUCUUACGGUCAAUCCCCAGACACAGUCUACGCAAUCGGACUCUGCCGAGCAGAUGUUACUCCAACCACCUGCCGUGACUGCCUCAGAAAUUCCACCACCGUUACGCAUUCCUGUUAUGGUUACAGCAGCGCUAUUUCAAUAUACGACGAGUGCCUAUUGUUCUACUCAGGAUCUGUAAUAUUCGGCGUCGUCCCGACUCUGGAUUUCACUAUCUACAAUAGGAGCGUGAGGGAAAAUAUAACAAAUUGGGAUGAGUAUAAGCUAGUUGUGAAUGGCUUACUUGGAAGUCUGAGUGGGAAAGCAGCGUCCGGUGAUUCUCACCGGAAAUUCGCCGCCGGGAAUACUGAAGCAGGAUCCAGUGGGAGGAAGAUAUACGGUGUUGUUCAGUGCAUGCCUGAUUUGGAUGAGUCGGAGUGUCGUAAUUGCUUGGACGGGGCUAUCUCGAAAAUUCCAGAAUGUUGUAAUGGUAGCGUAGGAGGCAGGGUUUUUAAACCGAGCUGCAAUAUCAGAUUUGAAAGUUACAGAUUCUAUGAAGCGACCGCUGAUGUACCAAUUUCAGUAUCAGCACCGGCACCGGCACCGCUAGUUUCUCCUCGUUCCGUCUAUAUGACAUCGUCACAGGGUGAACUUGAAGCUAACAAUAAUGAAAUUAAGCCUGCUGAAUCAAUACAGUUCAACUUUAAAACCAUCGAAGUCGCUACAAAUUCCUUCUCUGAUGCAAAUAAGCUUGGGCAAGGUGGAUUUGGACCUGUUUAUAAGGGCAAGCUCUCCAAUGGACAAAAUAUUGCUGUCAAAAGGUUGUCUGGGGUUUCUGGGCAGGGAGAUACUGAAUUCAAGAAUGAAGUGCUGUUAAUGGCUAAGCUUCAACACCGAAAUUUAGUUCAGCUGCUUGGUUUUUGUUUGGAAGAGAAAGAACGACUCCUUAUCUAUGAACUUCUUGCUAAUGGAAGCCUUGAUUACUUCAUAUUUGAUCCUAUUAAACGUGGAUAUUUGGAUUGGGGAACACGUUUCAAUAUAAUAAAUGGCGUUGCUCGAGGACUUCAUUAUCUCCAUGAGGAUUCCCAACAGCGAAUUAUUCACCGAGAUCUUAAAGCAAGUAAUAUUCUAUUGGAUGCAAAGAUGAAUCCUAAAAUAUCGGAUUUUGGUAUGGCAAAAUUAUUUUCUAUUGAUGAAUCUCAAGCCAAGACAAAUCGAAUUGUGGGAACCUUAGGGUAUAUGGCACCAGAGUAUGCAAGAUAUGGACAAGUCUCUAUAAAGUCAGAUGUGUUUAGUUUUGGCGUACUAAUUCUUGAGAUUGUAAGGGGCCAAAAGAAUGGUGGCAUCCAUGAUGGGGAGAAUAUUGAGCACCUUCCAAGCUUUGCAUGGAAAAACUGGAGGAAAGGAACAUCAUCAAAUAUUGUAGAUCCCACAUUAAAUGACAAUUCAAAAAGUGAAAUACUGAGAUGCAUUCACAUUGGAUUGCUCUGUGUUCAAGAAAGGGCUUUUAAUAGACCAACCAUGGCUUCAGUUUUGCUCAUGCUUGAGAGCGACUCUUUCUCUCUUCCAGAACCCUUGCAGCCGGCAUUUUUUAUGAAAAAAAACAGUUUAUCACACAUCAAAUCUGAGGAGCACAGCUCUGUGCCAACAGCCUCAAGUGAACAAAAUAGUAAAACUUCUGACAUAUUAUCAGUAGAUGAGGCCUCAAUAACUAAGCUAUAUCCUCGCUAAAGGUUUAGGCGUUCAGAUGCCCGAAGCCCUCUUAAUCCUGCAACACCACCACAGAUGUUGGUGUAGAAUCGAAACAAAAGCUGUUCAGAUCCUUCCUUGCUGCUUGUACAAGUUUGAAUGCAACUUUGUGAACUUCCAGAAUCUUUAUGCCACUUGUGUGUUUACCAACAACAGCGUUUGUGUAUGAACACUUGGUCGAUUGAACUUGCAAUGAAAAAUAUUGAUAAUAACUCUAAUAAGUGACAAUCCUCUGAGAAGCCCAAUCUUCCCAACUCCUUUGGUCACCCUUCGUAACUAUUCAAGCAUGCCCCCAUGAAAAACGAAACGACUUAACAGCUACUCUCUCUCACUUCCAA